AAUUACCCAACUUGAUAUACAUUCUUUAAUAAUAACUCCAAUCAUGACAACAAGCAUGGUCACAUUUUUCACAACCCUUUUGGUUAUACUCAUGAGUUUCCAAACUGAAUCAUUGCAACAUCCAAUGCCAUCGCCAUAUUAUUCAGGAUCAGUUAAAGCUGGAUAUUGGCCUUCAGGUAAUUCUCUCUCACCUUCUUCCAUUGACACAAGGUACUUCACACACAUCUACUAUGCCUUUGUAGAGCCAGAACCAAACACCUUCAACCUCAUAAUCACAUCCUCCGACCAAAACUACAUACCUCAAUUCAUCAAUGGUUUAAGCAGCCGGAACCCUCCCGUCAAGACCAUAUUGUCCAUCGGAGGGGGUUCCAGCAAUGCUACCUUAUUCUCUUUGAUGGCUAGCACGGUAAAAAACCGUGCAGCCUUCAUAAACUCCACAAUCCAAGUGGCCCGUCAAUAUGGUUUUGACGGACUAGACUUGGAUUGGGAGUUCCCUCAAAAUGAGCAAGACAUGGCAAACCUUGCUUUGUUGUUCAAAGAAUGGCACCAGGCUGUGGUUUUGGAAGCCAAGGUUCAUAGAAGGCCACGUUUGCUGUUGACCGCAGCUGUGUACUAUGCUCACACAAUAGUACUUAUUGGGCCUAGCCGAAGGUCUUAUCCGGCCCAAGCUAUUAAAGAUUACUUGGAUUGGGCCAGCCCUAUGUGCUUUGAUUACCAUGGUGCAUGGUCCAAUUUCACUGGCUACAAUAAUGCUUUAUUUGAUCCUAAGUCCAAUAUAAGCACCCAAUUUGGUCUCGGAUCUUGGAUCCAGUCCGGCGUUCCGCCCUCAAAGCUGGUUUUUGGGUUACCGCUUUACGGGCGAGCGUGGAAGCUCCAAGAUCCGAAAGUUCAUGGGGACGGAGCGCCCGCAGUUGGAGCAGCCGAUGGCACGGAUGGUACUAUGAAUUAUAAUGAUAUCUUGGAAUUUAAUAAAAAGAAUAAGGCUACAGUUGUGUUUGAUAGGUCAGCUGUGUCUUAUUACACUUAUGCUGGCACUACUUGGAUGAGCUAUGAUGAUGCACCUUCCAUGACAAGGAAGGUUCAAUAUGCUAAGUCUUUGGGAUUGAAAGGAUAUUUCUUUUGGCAAGUUGGAGGCGAUAGGAGUUGGACUAUGUCAAGACAAGCUUCAAGUUCGUGGGGACACUGACGUUCUAUACCAAGUUUAUUAAUAUGAAUUUUAUGUUAUUGUUUCUAUCUAGCCAACUAUAUUGUGUAACUUACUGAAAAUUCAUGUCACUAUUCACGUGAUCAUAUUAUGCAAUGACAGAUUCAGAACAA